AUUCCGCCAAUUGCGGAAUGUUAUGAAAGUCCUCGAGACUACGCAGCACCGUGUCCGUCCGUCAUCCUCGUAGCGCGAACGGAACGCGGCGGAUCGGACAAUCGGCCACGAUCGCGAACGCGCAGUGCAACCCUUCUCGUAGCCGGCCUGGGAACCACCCCUCAUUACGCAGCCAUGAGCCUGGUGCGGCAGAACUUCCACGAGGAGUGCGAGGAUGCGCUCAACAAGCAAAUCAAUCUGGAGCUAUACGCCAGUUAUGUCUAUCUGUCCAUGGCGUACUACUUUGACAGGAGUGACGUCGCGUUACCGGGGCUGUGCAAGUACUUCAAAAAAGCAUCGGACGAGGAACGCGAGCAUGCCAUGAAAUUUCUGACUUAUCAGAACAAGCGGGGCGGUGACGUCGUGCUGACGGACAUCCAGGCGCCGUCCAGAAGGGACUGGAAUAGCGCGAAGGAUGCUAUGACGGAGGCUCUGCAGUUAGAGAAGAAAGUGAAUCAGAAGUUACUCGAGCUGCAUGGAAUCGCCUCGACGCACAACGACGCGAAUUUCAUGGAUUUCCUGGAAACCGAGUUUCUACAGGAACAAGUAGACGCCAUAAAGGAAAUUGCCGAUCAUGUGACGAAUCUGGAGAGAGUCGGAGAAGGACUUGGUGUCUUUAUUUAUGACAAGGAGCUGAAAGAUUAAAAUAAUGAAUGUUCGAACAAUGUUAUAUUUGAAAAAUUCGCCAAAAAAUGAAUAUAUAUAUAUAUACAGCUAUGUAUCAAAUAUUUAAAUAGGGGUCUUUAAGUAAAAUAUUAUGAAAACGCAAAGUUAAUUCGAAGUAUUAAAAAUUCGGGUUGGAAAAGAGAUGUUGUACGAAUAGAUAGGCAAGGAAGCAAAUUUUUAGAUAUAUAUUGUUGUUCGUAUCUGCACUCUGAUUGCAGAACAGGGCACAUAGCUAAUUGUGAUUUUAUCCUGCGGCCAUUCGCGCCGCAAAAAAUAAUCAAUUGACUUUAUCGUGCAAUUAUCUUAACUUUUUUAGAUAUAUCAUAUUUCUAGGCUUUACAAAUUGUAAUCGCACACAAUGUUAUAUCGUUUUCAAAUCAAAUAAUAAUAAUAAUAACAAUCAUUGAAAAUUC